CAAUACAAUUCUCGCUGUUGAAGGAGGAGGCCGAAGAGAGCCGACAAGACAAUGGUGGACACCAAACCGUCUGGAGAAACAGACACUUCAUCUAAUAUAAGUCAACCUAUCGGUCGUCAACAAACAGUGGCCGAAAACCAAAGAGUUGGUGGCGACAAUGACGGUGGCAAUGACGAGGACAGCAAUGACGAUGAAGCAUCGGUGGACUUGUUGAAGACACAAGACGAGUGGAGCGAUCAAGAUGAUGAAGAAGACGAUGAAGAAGACGACGAUUUCUUUGAUCUCAAACCAAAGUCCUCUCCAAGCACCAACGCGAGAGGUGACGGCCUCAUCGUGGCGUCGGCUUUGUCUCCUCCGAGUUUUCACGAUUCAACACAUAAAAGCAACAAUGCUGAAACUUGUCGCGCCGUCGCUGCCGACUCCCGCUCUCCGGCUACCAGAACAAUAGACCGUCUUUCAGAGCAAUCCUCUCAAUCAAACCUACUAUACGACAAGACCAACAUGGACAGGGACGCAGCGUCGGUCAUGAUUCAAUUGUCACAAACAGAGAGCAUGAGCAGUGCCAAAGAGUCGCCACACCGACCUCGCUGUAGCAAUGGCAGGGACGCAGCCACAAAGACGAAUACAGCAACAAAAUCGAGCACAGCAGUCGGAGCAGCUAGUCCCCUGCCACCGCCACAGCCCGAACCAAAAACGUGUAGUGAUUCUGCCACGGGUUCCCCUCAACGCAAACAGCAGCAGAAGACGAAGGUGCAGUUCCCAGCACCAAACGAAAGAUCAAACGUACAGACGGAACAACAUCUUCGGGAAAAGCAAGUCAUGACGAAGCCAGUACAACACAAGACAGCCGCAACCAAAUCACAGCAGCACCAACAAGGAGACACGACAACCAACACGGCAUCCACGGCAAAAGCCGCUCCUCCGUUUCCAGGUGAACUGACCGACUUGGCCAACUACGAAAUUCAACAUUACAAUAUUGCGGUACAUGGCCGUGUGGGAGUUAUAAUUCACAAUACCAGUGAACUUCCUGCCGACUUGAUUACAGGAGCAAAAAACUGGCGUUACCCCCAGAUCAAGGAGGUCAAUCCAGGAUCGAUUGCCUAUGAGCACGGUUUGCGAACCGGCGAUUGGUUUCUAGCCGACUCCAAAGCAGAGUCUCUUGGAAGCUAUGCAACCAUCGUGAACCAAGCAAAGAGCAAGAAACGACCUCUCAUUUGGUACGUGGCAAGGAGGAAGGACGACUCGAGACAACAGGGAGUCGGUACCUUGGACGAUGAGAUUGCGCGAGUGGUGGAUCAAGUCGUCAACAGACCCGAAGAUGAGGAGCGGUUAGUCCCGCUGAUCGAGGCGCGUACUGUGGCCCAUCAAAAUCCAACAGCCGGGGUAGCCACUGUCCCAACGCCAAAGGGAACAAUCCCGAAACCAAAUGACAUUCCGCAAAAGCCCAAAUCUACCAAGACAGUACGGCGCAAAACGACAAACAAACCGACAAAGACAGGUCGAGAAGGCACCACAAAGGCCAACCUGUGGGACUCAGAUACGUCGAGCGAUGAAGAAGACCCCGACAAGAUAAGGGCUCCCUUGGUCAUCUUACCGAAUCAUGACAAAGUGGUCCCUUUUUGCAAGCUGUGCAAGAUGCUGCAACAAAAGAAGAGGAAGAAGCCGUCUUCUCGUUCCGUACACCAUGCUCUUUGUCCUCGGAAUGAUUUCUUUGAAGAUUCCAAGGCCGAUUGCAUCUUGCAAGAUUUGAUCACAGGUGUGAAGCUCGAUUGUAGCGCCUGCAAGAAGUCCUAUCAAGUCGGCAAGGUAGAGAAAGGUGAGAGCCAUGUCGCGUCAUGCCCAUUCCACAAGAGCAAAGUCACCCCUGGGGCAAAAGAAGCCAAGAGCAACAUUUCACGGGCAAAGAACGCGUCCCUGGGUGUAACCGAUGAGACCAAAGGGAAAGAUGAGCGUACCACUGACCAGAAGAAAGAAAAAACAAAGAAAGAACCGAAACGUGCCAAGUCGACGAAUCCUCCCAAACGAGGCUCGACGACUGCGGUUGCAAACCACGCAACCGCAAAGUCGUCUCCUCCGACCAUUGAAACAUCCCGCCAGGAUGCCGCUACUUCAGCUCCCACUCUUACACCGCCCAAUCUGUCCCAACAACCCAAGCGUCAUACACCAGCAGCGGCGGGACCAGCUGCAAGACCGUCACCAAAUGCGUCCGAAACGGCAGGAGACAAAAGGAAUCCGCCACCACCACAAGCUAGUCAGCCUCAGGCACCAGUAGUUGCAAAGAAAGCGACUCAGGUACCAGCAGUUGCAAAGAAAACGACCGCUAGCACCAAAAAAGCAGCCAAUAAAAAGAAGGCAUCGACCACGAACACCACCACAGCUGAUCAUGUGGUGUCGCCCUCGAACGGUGGCUCGGCGUGCCGUCAGGAACAUCCCCGCAACGAAGGAGGCUCUGCUAUGCUGAUGUGUGCUGCCUUGGAAAAUCCGCUGGGCAGGAAUCUGGGACAUUCUCAUUCACAGCCAAUGCAAAGACAAGGACAGCACGCUGCAACAGCUGCGACUGCCAUGGCCGCCUUACACCCAGGCAAGCUAACCGACUACCCCAAGGCCAACGGCACGUCAAAGGAGGUCACGGCAGCUCAUAGAACACCAACAAGCUUUGGCGUCUCUCGCGCCUCUACAACAUCUGCCAGUGCAUCGUCAGUGUCAGGCAAUCCCCCGAGCAACAAAGAUCAGAGAACCUCGCGAGAAGACGCUUCCGACAAAUCUGGUCGCAACCAAAUCGAGUGGAUCCACCACGAGAAUCCGUGGGGGCCUGCAGGUUUCCAGUUGGGCGACGUUGCAAUUUUCACUCAGAGACGUGGUAUUGGCCACCACGAGUCUAUGCUGCCGUCUGAGCGCUUCGUUAGUGAGCCAUUCUCAGCCGAUACGAACUAUCACAAGACACAUCGAACGCCUGAAGAAGGCUAUCAGUAUAUCCGGUUGCAAAGGGAUGACAGGGCGCAACGAUCGUGGGGUUUCACUGUGCGUCGCCAUGACUUUGGUGGAGCCUGUCUGGUAGAAAGGGUUGACCCCAUGUCACCGGCAGAGAGCGCCGUGUUUGUGGGCAUGUCAGCUUCAGGCAUCUCAGCGGCUCUUUCUGUCAACGACAUGCUUGUCGCCAUAAACGAGAAACCCGUUGGAGGGAUGAGCGUGGAGGGAGUCAACAUUGAACUGGAGGUUGCUGGUCCGACCAUGCUUCUGGUUGUUUCGAGAUACAGAUUUACCGAGCAUCUUAAGGAUAGUAUCGUGGAGGUGGAAGAAAACGUCGUUGCUGCCAUCGAUGAGGCAUUCAAUGAUGAGCGAAGCCUUGCUUGGGUUGACGGUAACGGAACCACAGCGACUCAAUCGGGGACUCCUUUGUCGACAAUGGCCUCAAAGGUAUUGAACAACCUGCUUGUAUCGAGACCGGUCAACGGCACUGCAGAAGCGGCUACGGUGAGCCCUUCCAAUGACACGUCCAGUCGCGCGACAGAGGGGGAAACACGAGAUCACGUUGUCGAAUCCCAUUUUGAGACUCCACAGAACAACGAUCCGCAAAGCGAGGGCUCCCUUGAAGAAAUGAGGCAGGCCGAUUGUGGUGAUGGCUUAGAUACGGUGAGUUGCUAUGGCAAGGUGGGCCGUGACUCCGUGCAGGCCAGCCAUGACGAGACAGUGGCAAUUUCCAUGGACAUCGACACAACUCCUCCAGCAACCAAGGCAUAUGACGUCCGAAAACCUUGCCCCUUGGUACGCAUGGAAACCAGCGAGGCGAGAGACGAUACUCAAGGAUCGCCCCCGAAAAAAGCCGCGCGGUUCUUCACACAUCUUCCCGACAAGCAGAAUGGUUCCAAAAAGAUUGGUGACGGUCGCAGCACGCUUCGGGUCCCUGCUGCGCAUGCGGAACUGCAAGAGUCAUUCGGAGAUGAUAUGCAGGAGGAAGACAGGAGUCCUUCGGCCGCCCAAGACAAAGGUGGUAAGAGCGCUCCUUUAGCAGCAACCGCUGAACCAGGCGAAAAAGAACAGCAAACUAGCGCUGCGCAAGGGGAAAUCGCAGCUUUGGCGGCUCUACCGGUAUCCCGACCUAGCCCAAUGGACGAAGAACAGCAACAAAACGACAGUGAUGACAACAAGGAAGAUGUUGCAGCAAAGGAAAGUGCAUGCAGAGACGGCAUUGACAACGAGGAGGAUAGUGCCACUGAUGAAGAGGAGGAUGACGAUGGGAACCCUGCCCUGGGAUGCGUUUGCGGGGAUAUUCACGAUAAGAGAUGCGUCGUGUUUUGGGUGCAAUGCGACUCUUGUGAUGCUUGGUACAACGUUUCAAGGCGCUGUGUUGGCUUCAAUGAAGAGCAAGCUCAAAAGAGGAACUGGUCUUGCUGGGCAUGUUGCUCAUCUGAUGAGGAGGAUGACGAAGAGCCUCGUGAUUGUGAAGAAGCCCGAAAAGUAUCCCUCAACUCUGACAGUGAUGAUUCCGACCAGUCUUCAUCCCUCGCCUCCCCGAAAAUUGCAAGGAAGCAGAAACGGAGGAGAGCAUCUUUGCCCACCAAAUGUGAUCCUCGAAAACGACUCCCAAAUGGCACCACGGUCGAGGUAGACCGUGAAGGCAGCCACAAAUUUGGGGGGUUUGGACAAAUCAAGGAUUCGUACCUGGAUGAAGAUGGAAUCUGGCGCUAUUCUGUGAGUUACACCAUUCACCGCUACACCGAGAAUGACAUUUCCGCCGAGUAUGUCAUGAUCCAGAACUAAGAUGCAGGUCAUAAUCAACCAUAACCAAAUCAAAUUGUUGAUGUAAAAGUUGAGAUCGCAUCAAGACUUCCCCCGCAUGCAACGCCUUGCCUCAAAACCAAACAGUUAGUUGUUGUUAAGUAGUCUUACUCGAACAAAGCUUAGGCCACUCAAGUUGCUUGCAGAAUCGAAUCGAAUCGAUCCUUCUUCAUUAUCUCGUUCACAGAAAACACUUGAAAGCAUCACCGUAGCAUAGCUGUACUGUACCAUGAAUCUAUCACUUGAUUUGCUGGCUUUCCUUUUGAUGUCCAGCCCUUCAAGCCACCGUCUAUUUUUUUAAAUCGAAAACUCAAUUUCAUACUCCUUGCCCCAUUGAAUUCUGGCCCAGAUUCGUUCGUAAAAGAACAUGAGGGCUGUCUUGAAAAUAGCAUCUGAUCCGGCAAUUUUAGAGGCAAUGCUCAAAUCCUUGGCCACAAAGAAUGCCAUUGUCAAAGUGUUGGCUAUGGCAAAAAGCCUCCAAAUAAGGGCCUUGGUCAGGGAACGCCCAAUGCCAUCACUGCCAGAUGCUCGUCCUGCUUUGCUCUUGUUCAUCAAGCGCUCCCCAAAAAACAUUGUGAAAGCCUUUGAGAAGAAAUCCGAUCCCACAAUGGACAGUGCUGUAGUGACAGAUCCCGAAAACCUGUACGAUGUGAUAAAGGUGACAGUGCCCGCAACAAUACGCCAAAGGAAGGCCUUGACCGCCGAUCGCACAGCCGUUUCCGAAAAGUUACCGCCUGGUGGAGUCUUGGCCAAACUGAGUCCAUUCAGAUAUUCUUGCUUUUUGGACUGUAACAUUUCAAUAGUGGCUUCUGCCAUGCUCAAUUUGGAUUGUGCUUCUUCUGCUUGCUUUCGCAUCUUGGCUUCUUUCUUCUCCAGACUGCGAAGGACAGCAUCCUGAGGUUCGUCGCCGUUAGCACUGAAAAAGGCGCCGGCGGUAAUGGCCAAGUCCGAUCGAGGAACUCGAACAGGACUUGCAGCAGAAAUGGAUACCGGUAUCAAAAAAGGACGCAAUUGGGUAGCAGGUCUCAAACUGAAGCAGAGGGUUGCCAGAGGGAGCGCAGAUACAAGCAACAGGCGAAACAUCUCGGUGGUAGUAACUUUGUUGUGUGGUUGAAUAAUAUAAAAUUGUGCUACAGUCGUCAAGGGUCCAUGUGGUCGGUCUUUGGUUGAAUCCGCCAAUGAUUUUGG